UCUACACCUAUCUACACUACUGUUGUCGGUUCCUAAAAUGGCUCAUUGUUGAUUGUGUGUUAUUCUGAUUGGCGAUUAAAAGUAGAGGUUAUGCCGUGAAAAUUUGGAAGUUUGAAAGGGAAAUACCAGUUCCCCAUAAGUUUAAUCAUCAAUUUUUUGGUAAAUUUAUCGAUAAAAUGAACUUUUCUACCCCGAUCCCACAUUAAAUUUUAUCUGUUACGACUCAAUCACUAAAAUACGAAAUGGGAUUACACAAAACUUAACCUCACUUUAGGAGGCCAAUUGCGAUGUUCAAGAAAAUAUUCUUUCGAAAAUGAAGCUUGGCAGAAAUAACAAAAAUAAUUGAACAAUCGUUUACAUAGACAUGUAAGAAACUAAUUCAUUUUUAAACCUGUAGGUAAAAUUUUAAUUCCUACCGAAUUCAUAAUAAAACUAAGUCUUCCACCGAAUAUUCUUAGAUAUUUUUGACAUUCCCUAUACAUUUGAAGUCAGUGAUUCCGCAGUUAUUCUUUGCACCGAACAUGAUUGUCACACACACCGACGUUCUUCUUCCACACCUUUUUAUAUUCUCUCAUUGGCACUGUACUGCCUCGUACUGACAUCGGCAUUUUCACGGUUUCACUCACUUUCUGCCUGAAAAAUGUCUAGAUAUGUGACAUCCGUCAAUAAAAGCAUCAGUAUUUUCAUUGAUGCAUAAACAUAAACAUUUUUCAGAAUAUAAAAUGUUGAAUUUCAGAAGGAGUGGAAAAUACUGGCAAGGAUAGGUGAGGAUAUACAAAUAGCUUCGCCAUUAGGAGAUUUACAAACAUACUGGGCACAUUCAAAAAAAUCAAUUAUUAUUCAUUAAUAAAGCUUUUCUGCGUUUUCUGCCACCGUGCUGAUUUCCAACCUUAAGGCAACAACGUUGAAAGUUCAGAAUCUUCAGAUGGACAUCGAGAAUCAUCCAUCGGCUUCAACGAGCAAGGCAAUGCGCCAAAACCGUCCACAAGAAGACCAGAGCACCGAUUCGGUUUGUCGCGUCUGUAUGGGCUGGGCGUCCGAUUCGGACCUGAUGGUUGGAAUAUUUGAUGGACAGGUAUGCUCAAUGAUCCUCGCGGAAGUGUUGACCCUGGUUGGAGCAGUGGAGCUGCCGAUGGAAGACGACCGAUUGCCCAAGUGGUGUUGCAAAGGAUGUCUGAAGGCCCUGGAGAGUGCUUACAAACUGCGAAUAUUGUGCCAGGAAUCGGACCGGAAGUUACGACAUGCGUCCUUGACGGAUGGAACGGCCGUUAUGGUGAAAGAGGAAGUCGAUGAAGAUAUGCUCAAUCUGGUGGAUCACGAUGGGAUGCUGAAUGUCGAGGAAGCGGUUGUGGUGAAAGAGGAAGUAGAUGAAGAUUUGCUCAAUCUGGUGGAUCAAGAUGGGAUGCUGAAUGUCGAGGAAGGUGCUGUCUCGGAAAGCAUACAAUUGCCCAAGCUGGAGAUUGUGGACUGUAUAGAGGAAGAUGAGAUUCAGCAGAUGGAAGAUGGCGUAGGUGAAGCAGAUGGUAUGAAAGAGGAUAAUGGCAGCGCAGACUCGGAUGAGGUAGACGAAGAUCAGGAUGAGAAGAUGUCUAUAGCAGUAAAUAAGCCAAACCGCAGAAAGAAGCCUUUGAAUCCAAAUGUAUACGAUGGAGUGGAAGCCGUAGGUUUUAAGUGUUGUGGCUGCAGCUACAUAUUCAACACUUCAGAGGAACUGAAAACUCAUUCGAAGGAAGUCCACGCCGACAAGAAACUGUCAAUACAGGAAUUGAAACAUAACAAGCAGUGUGAUGUUUGUUACAAAGUGAUGGCUAAUGACGUAUAUGUACGGAUCCACCAACAAAAAGACAAAUUUAACUAUCGAUGUAAGGUUUGUGGGGAUCUGUUUUGGAGUCGGCAGAAGGUGUGCCUUCAUUAUGAUCGGGUUCACGAUCCAAACCCAGAGAGUCCUUCGAAAGUUUGCUGUGGAUGUCGGGAGGAAUUUGAAACCGGAGAACAGCUUAGAGAACAUAGUGUGGCAGUACAUUUGCCGGAGAAGCCAGCACCGGAUCCCACCAGACCAUACGCCUGCAAUGUUUGCUAUCGCAGCUUCACAUCCAAGACGCUGUUGCACGCCCAUCAAUUCCGAAAGCUCAAGCAUACCAAGAAACACGUGUGCAUCCAGUGUGGAAUGGCGUUCCGAUAUCCUGGAGGGUUGAAAGAUCAUGAAAUGACACACACCGGCGAGAAGGUGUUCCAGUGUUCAAAAUGUCCCAAAGCUUACAGCAAUAGGAAUACUUACAGGAAGCAUGUGGCCAGCCACGAAAUGCCAGCGGACAAGUACAAAUGCGAAAUUUGCGGAGUUACACUCAAAUCACUCCAUGGAUUGAGACGGCACACGCUACAACAUACCGGAGAACGUCCGCACAGGUGUCCUCAUUGUCCAGCCACUUUCGCUGUGCCUGCUGGGCUAAAAUGCCAUUUGUUUACGCACACCGAUGAAAAGACUCAGGAAUGUCCUAUUUGCAAAAAGCAGUUCAAGCGACAAGUGGAAGUCAAGAGACACCUCACAUAUUCUCAUCACAAGCACAAACCCUUUGCCUGCUUCUUCUGUCCCAAACGAUACCCGCGGAAACACUGUCGCAAACAACACAUGCUCCAAGCUCAUCCCAAGGAACUACAAAGCAAUCCGCUUCCUCCAAUCGAGCUACUCGGUAACCCGUGGUCGAUGCGACAAAGAACCGAAGAAGCCAUUUUACGAGAGCAGGGCAUGGUGGAAUAAAGCAUCGAAAGCAUCA